AAUGGGUUAGGAAGGAGAAAAAUGGCUUCAGGAACUGCAGAUAUCUCGCCUCAUGUAACCAGAUUGGAUGGUGGGUGCUUAAACGAUGGUAGUAUGCCUAUCAUGGAGGAUCAAAAUGUUGAUGCUUUGGGAAAUUCGAACCACGUUCCUACUGGAAAGCCUCCAAGAAACCUCUCAGUUAUGCGGAAUUGCACAAGCUAUGCAUUGUUGACCGAAUCAGAAUCAGAUAUUGGAAGUAUGGGCUUGAAGUCACCAGCAAGUGAGACGGCAGAGUUCGUGUCUGUAUUCCGUUCAGGAAGCUGUUCUGAGAAAGGACCUAAACAAUACAUGGAGGAUGAGUAUAUUUGUGUAGAUGAUCUUCAUGAACAUCUUGGUCAAAUGGAAAACUUGCCUUCUCCUGGGGCAUUUUAUGGGGUCUUUGAUGGACACAAUGGUGUUGAUGCAGCGUCGUUUAUUAAAAAAAACAUCCUUAGAUUCAUUGUUGAAGACUCUUACUUCCCAUCAGGCAUUAGAAAGGCAGUUAGGAGCGCCUUUGUGAAGGCUGAUCAUGCAUUUGCAGAUGCUAGCUCUGUUGAUAAGUCCUCUGGUACCACUGCUUUGACUGCCCUUAUUUUAGGAAGGACCAUGCUAAUCGCUAAUGCUGGGGAUUGUCGAGCUGUGUUGGGGAAGCGGGGAAGGGCAAUUGAACUAUCUAAAGAUCACAAACCUAACUGCACCUCUGAAAGAUUAAGAAUUGAGAAGCUGGGCGGUGUCAUCUAUGAUGGCUACCUCAAUGGCCAACUAUCAGUGGCACGUGCUCUUGGUGACUGGCAUAUCAAGGGCUCUAAAGGGUCAAACUGCCCCUUAAGCUCUGAGCCAGAAUUGGAGGAAAUUGUCCUAACGGAAGAAGAUGAGUUCUUGAUAAUGGGCUGCGAUGGCUUGUGGGAUGUGAUGAGCAGCCAGUGUGCAGUUACAAUGGUAAGGAAGGAGCUCCUGCAGCAUAACGAUCCUGAGAGAUGUUCAAAAGCGCUUGUCAAGGAGGCACUCCAACGGAACACAUGCGAUAACCUGACUGUUGUUGUGGUCUGUUUCUCCGAAGAUCCACCUCCUAAAACCGAAAUUCCUAAGUCCCAGAAGAGGAGAAGUAUUUCAGCUGAAGGGUUGGACCUUCUCAAGGGUGUCUUAAGCAAUAUCUGAAAACACAACGGCUUGCAUACAUAAAUGUGCAGCUUACACCCCUAGUUGGGAACUUUUCUGAGUUGCUCCUGUGCCCUGCUGCGGAUGUCGCUUCCUGAUUUCUUUAACUGUACGUCCUGUCCAAUUUGAGAUACUAUUAACAAUCUCAAAUUUUGAAGCUUUGAUUCGGAAAUUUUUUGAAUGUUAGAAAUAUAUAUAAGUUGCUGCAAGGCUCUCUUGCACCAGUCAGCCUACUUCAACUUGGUUAUAGGAUUUAAAUAGCAAACUAUAAAACAAGUAGUCCUGUGUAGAACUUGAAGAAAUGGAUCCUGUAUAAAGCCUUUUUUUUUUUGCUUUUU